AUGCGACGCGGGGCAGCCAGCUCGGGGGGGUGUCCCUCCGAAGACGCGACAAGGGGCUGGACGAACGACGAAGUGGCCUUUUGGACCUUGUACUGGGUGCCGGGCCCGAGUCAUCGAAUUACUCGACCAUGUGCCUUUGCCGGAGUCCGGACCCAUUUGGGCUGCUUCGUGUUCGUCCGUUCUGUCUUGAACGCCUCCAGCGACACGUCUAUCACGGUGCCCCUAGUAGGUGAUCCAGUCGGUCGCAGCUCCUCCGCAACAGUCAGCGCGUCGCUAGUCGUGCGGGAUCUGCAGAGCCCUUGGUCCCGCGUCAGGUUGUAUGGCGGUGCCGCGCUCCCGACAAUUGGUAUCAUCUAA